AUGAUAAACUUGUAUGGAAGUCAGGGACGGAACCGUAAUGUCUAUGGUACGAUACGUUCUUUAGCCCCAAGAGGAGCCCCGAUUGCGACCCUCGAUCAGUUCACACCGCCUUAUUUCUACCACAUUCCUCCACCUCCACAGCAGUUGAAUACGUAUCCUGGAAGAAAGAGGCGAAAGAAGGUAAGCUGUGCCGGAGUUUAG